CAACGCUUUGCGGCAAAAUAAAAAAUGUUUUUCUUUUUUUUUUAUAAAUAAUUAAAUGUAUCUAUACAUGUACGAAUGAAAAAAAAAAUUGUUAUAUUAAAAUCAACCAACCUCAACCUUGAACAAAAAAAAAUCGAUGAUACUUGCAACAAAAAAUAACUAAAAACUCAACUCAUCAAUUAAAAAACUGCAAAACAACUACAAUGAUGAAUAUCCAGACCAUAGAACAUGUGGCCGACUGUGUGCCGCUGUAUUUGCCGCACAGCCUUUACCUCAAGCCUUUGGCCAAGUUGAAUAUAUCGGUGGCUUUGCCACUUAACAAAAUGGGCAAGUCCAUAUCAAAUUUAGACAUCAUGGAGAAGCUAAGCCAAGCUCUUAAGCCCGACAAGUUUCUGGUGCUCAAGGUCUCGAAGACCACCGUUGAUUUUAUACGCUUCGAGGCCGAAUUGGAUGAGCGCUCUCGUUUGAGGUCUUGCAUAAAUCGUUUGGAUGGCAUAUCCUUGAAAAUCUCGGGAUUCCAUGAAAGUUUUCGUGUUCGAGUUUCGGAAGCCAAAGAUGAAUUUCCCACGCGUCACGAUUGGGAUUCGUUUUUUCGCGAUGCCCAUAAAAUGGAUGAAAUGAAGGCGGGCGAGAGACCCGACACCAUACACUUAACACAUUUGCCCAUCAAAUGGUUUUGCCCGCGCCACAUGGAGAAUGAUGACAAUGUCAAGCCAUCGGAAGGCAUCUUCAAAAGAAUAUUUGAGAAAUUUGGCUGCAUACGUUGUGUGGAUAUACCGAUUUGUGAUCCGUAUCGCAACAAAAUGAAUGCCGACAUCAAUGGCAUGAAAACCUUUGGUUUUGAGCAGGAGGUCCUCUUUGAAGCUUAUGUACAAUUUGAUGAAUAUGUUGGCUUCGUUCGGGCCAUGGAUGAGUUUCGUGGCAUGAAAUUGGUGCGUAAAUUUAUCGACAAGACACAAGCCAUUAACAUUGGCGUCACUUUCGAUACGACCAAACAUUUAAGUGAUGCUCAAAUUCAAAGGCGAGAAAGAGUGCGAAAACAUAUCAUAGCCAAGGCUAAAGCCGAGGAAGAGGAUCUGGAGAAAAAGAAGAAAAUGGAAUUGCAAAAAUUGGAAGAAAAAAGGCUUAAAGAAGAACAAGAAAAACUUGCUGAAUUGGAACGGCAAAGAGAACGCGAAGAGAAACGCAAAGAGAAACACCUGAAAAAGAUCCAGGAAAAGGGUUCCAUAGAGAUAUCGCAAAAGAUACGAGUCGAGGAGAGGAAACUGAUGAUAGCCCAAAGGAAAUUGGAAAGUAUCCGAAUAUUGGAGCAGCUCUUCAGUCGCAUAAAGCUAAAAUAUCUGGCCAAACAUGGUUCGACUUCGUCACAAAAAUACCAAAUGGAAAUGGCUCGUGAUACAAUGCGUGAACGUUUGGUGGAGAAAUAUAAGAUAGCCACCGAAAAGUUGUUGAGUGAUCAGCAAAAGCUUGUGGAUGAUAUUAAAAAUAAAACACCUUUAAUGGGUUUGUUAAAAACCAAAAAGGAAAAGGAGACCACUGUGGCACUAGCGAAAGUGGGCAAUAGUGCUGAGGCUGUACCCGCCAUGCCCAAUCCUGCAAUUGCUGCUGUGGCUGCCGCCAAUGCAGCUGCUGCUGGCAAUCCUUUCAAAACCAUUGCUGCCUUGGGAGCCAACUAUAAUACGGAAGCGGCCACUGAAUGGAUGAAGUCAUUGUCCAUGUUUCCCUAUGGAAAUAUGACAGCCUUAUUUCCUGGUCUCACUUCCAUGUAUCGUCCACCCUCAUUUCCAGUCUCGGUAAAUUAUCGUGGCUUUGCUCCACGUAUACGUGGACGCGGCCGGGGUCGUGGUGGUCGCGGACGUGGCUAUGAGGGACAAUCCUCUUCGUCCCAUUACAACAAAUACCAUUAUAACCAUGAUGAUAGAGAUCGUCGCUACGAUGAUGAAGAUGAUGAUGAUGGUGGCGGAAGGGGUAGCUAUCAUAAAUCCUAUUCGAGAGGAAGACGUUAUUCGCGCUCACGUUCUCGAUCCCGGUCAAGAGAUCGACGAAGUCGUUCCAGAUCCCGAUCCCGAUCUAGAUCCAGGUCAAGAUCUCGCACUCGUUCAAGAUCACGUGAUCGUCGUAGCCGAUCCCGAUCCCGUUCUCGCUCACGUUCUCGUCACCGUCAUUACUCGAAACGUUCGCGAUCUAGAUCACGUUCCAGAUCCUAUUCAAGAUCGGAAAGCAGAUCACGUUCUCGUUCACGUGGCAAAUCUAGAGAUGACAAAAAUCGCAGCAAAUCUUCACGUUCUAAAACUCCCACACAGCUCAGACCGCCAGAGAAGGUAAACAGAAAGUUGGUUUCAACCAGACGUUCACGUUCUACAUCCCACGAAUCUAGAUCGCGAUCGCGUUCUCGAACCCACUCAAAAAGAUCUUGGUCUCGACGUGACAACAGCAGGGAUAGGCGUUCUUCGCCAGCCCCCCGCAAAGUGGUCAUCGAAACCGAUGAACUGGUAAAGUCGGCGGAGAUAAUCAAAAGUACCAUCGAAAAAGAUAUGCAGGAACGUAUGCGCAAUGAGAAACGUGAAAUCAAGGAAACCUUCAAUAAACGCCAUAAAGAUGUACUGGCGCACAAUGCCAAUGUGGCCGUGAACAAUAUGUCGGCAGCUUCCAAUGUUGACAGUGGCCAUGCCACUUCCGAACACUCAGCCAAUGAAUCGGCUCAAGAUAAAAAUUCGUCCAGGGAUGAGCAUGAGGAACGCGAAGAACGAGACGGCGACAGAAGAUCAAGGCGUGACAGAUAUCAAUCGUCGUCCUCCGAGCAACGCCAUAGCUCACAAAGGCGCAAUUCCGAUAGAGAACAUUCAGCAACACAACACAAUUCUUCAUCGGAUCGGCAUCGCCAUUCGCGUCACAAUUCCACCACGGAAAACCACUCUAAACAUCAGUCUUCGGAGCGCAGCUCUAGACGCAGAUCCUCAGAGCGUAGUUCAAGGCAUCGUAAAUCCUCAGAACGCAGCAAUGCAAAUCACAAAUCUCCACCCACUAUGAGUCAUAAAACUUCAAGUCGUAAUUUGAGACUUAUUUCUUUGGAUCGCAGUCCUAGUUGUUAAGUAGUGGUGUUAUUAUUUUUUGUAUACCUCCUUUCACUUCAUUUGCGUUUUGAUUUUUGUAACAAAAUUAUGUAUAAUUCUCACAUUAUACACUACGACGAUGUUUUAAUUAAGUAAACAUUUAAUUUUAAACUU